AUGAUGGCCAUCCAUCGCCUCAAUUUGUCAGGACAUGCACAGACAUCUACAACAUGCAUCAUGGUCACUGCUGGACCCUUCGCUAAGUUCACAAUGCAGGAUGGCCCCACUGUUGAUUUCCUGCCAUCUUUGCACACGCCCAUGUCGUUUGCCGCUGGAAUUUUCUGUUCCCCUUACCGAAUACAGUGGAUGCCCAUUGCGGACUCGGUGAAUAAGUGCUUGGUGGGGGGCGCCCCAAGUUGCCUCCUAUUUGGUUUUGGAACCCUGUUGGUUACUCCACGGCAGCCCUUGCUCUUUUGA